AUGGAGGAGGAGGAGGUUAAUGUUGUUGCAAGAGAAGAACCACCAAUGGAAAAACCUGCAAUAAGGAGGAAGAAGCUCGCAGUUAGGAGAGGCCCCACUAAUGAAGAAGAUGAUGGGUUGAUAUUUGAGGAUGAAGAUGAUGGACAUGAGGCACUCUCAUUUGUUCUAACUAAAGGGAGGAAGAGGAGGGCCAAGAAAAGGAAACCAAGGAUUUGGUACAAUGACAAACUUGAGCAACCACAUCAGCAGUUAUGUAUGUACAUGUGCUUUAAGGAUCAACAUCAAUUCGGAGAUGCUUUGUUGAGCUUGCACAUCACACAGGCCAGAGACUUUAGGUAUCACAGAAACUCAGACCAAAGGAUCAUUGCUUGUUGUAAGCAAGAGUACUGCCAGUUUUGCAUAGUUGCUGCAGUUAUCAAAGGGGAGAAGACUUUUGCUAUUAAGAAAAUGAGGCUGGAGCACACUUGCCCUAGCAGCACAGAGACAUCAAGGAUUAGUGCAAAGUGGCUUGCAAAUACCUAUGAGUCAUCAUUCAGGUCUGAUCCAACCACUAGCAUACACACUUUAAUUGACAACUGCCAGGAGAAGUAUGGUGUUGAUGUGCCAAGGCACAUGGCCUAUAGGGCCAAAAACCUUACUGUAAAAGCUGUGCUAGGAGAGCACAAGAAGCAGAAUCCCAGACUUAGGGAUUAUGCUCAGACCAUCAUGGAUACAAACCCUGGCAGUAGAGUUGUAGUUACAACAGUUACUCCAAAACCUACUACAAAAAUACCACAUCCAGGACCAAGGUUUCAUGCUAUGUUCUUCUGCAUAAAUGGAGCAAGCGAGGGAUUUCUAAAUGGAUGCAGACCAUUCAUUGGUGUUGAUGGAUGCUUUAUUAAGCUGACCACUGGUGCUCAAAUCCUUGCUGCCACUAGAAGAGAUGGCAAUAACAAUAUUUACCCACUUGCAUUUGAUAUUCUUGGACAAGAGGACACAGCUAACUGGUGUUGGUUUCUGCACCAACUGAAGAUAUGCUUAGGAGGAGAAGUUGGGAAAUUUGGCCCUUAUACUAUAUGUCUGAUAGACAGAAGAAUGCUGGCUUUAGGGGGGAAGUGA